AUAAAUUCCAGUCCCUUAACACGCAAAGUCCCCUCUUCUCUUCUCUCCUCUCCUCUCCUUUCUUUGCAACUACUCUUCCUCUUGAGUUUUCUUCAAUCAAGAUCCAAACUUUCCCCUCAGAUCCAUCUGGGUUUUCAAUAUUUCGGUCUCUCUUCUCUUUUUUCUUGCUCAAAUCCAAGAAAUCUCUCCUGUUUGGUUCCCGGGAAAAUUUUCUCUCUCUUCUGGUUUGUGGUCUUUUUGAGCUUGUUCUCGAAAACCCACUUCAAAAAAACCUUCACAGAUAAUAAUAUAUAUAUAUACAAAAAAAAGUAAUCUUAAUGCUCAAUAUAGUUUUCUUGAUGUUUGAGAUUCAUGUCUGCAAUUCUCAGUGAAAACCUUCUCUUUGAGUGUAUGAUAAAUUCCACAUUCAGGCGCAGGACCCAGUUGGUUCAAUCUUUCUCAGUUGUUUUCCUUUACUGGCUUUACUACGUUUCAUGAUUGUUAUAUCUUUCUCCCAUUUUAUUUAUUUUCAUAUGUAUUAACUAUAUAUAUAUAUAUAACUAGCCAGUAAUCUGUUUUCGUAAUAGUAAUAUCAAAAGAGUCUUUUUUUCGAGUUUUUUUCAUCAUCAAAUCAUCUGGGUCCUGCUACAAUCCAUUGUGUUUUUUCUCUCUUGAUUUUCACCCAAAGAAAAAAGGGUUAAAUUUUCUCGACUAUGGCUUCCUCAAGUGGAACAUCAUCAGGGUCGUUUCAGAACUCAGGCUCCGAAGAAGAUUUGCAGGCUUUAAUGGAUCAGAGAAAGCGAAAGCGAAUGUUAUCGAAUAGAGAGUCGGCAAGGAGAUCAAGGAUGAGGAAGCAAAAGCAUCUCGAUGAUCUGACGGCUCAGGUUGCUCAGCUCAGAAAAGAAAACCACCAGAUCAUGACAAGUGUCAACAUCACCACCCAACACUACCUCAACGUCGAGGCCGAGAACUCCAUUCUCAGAGCUCAAAUGAGUGAGCUCACUCACAGGCUUCAGUCGUUGGAUGAGAUUAUCAACUUCCUAAACGCAACUAAUAAUGCUGUCGUUUUGGGAACCAACGGUGGAGAUUCAAUGGCUGGUGUUGGUGUUGGUGUUGGUAGUGGGAGUUGUUUCAGUACGGUCGAGCCUAUGGAAAGCUUCCUGAACCCUUUGAACUUUUCAAGCAUGAACCAACCCAUUAUGGCCUCUGCAGAUAUUUUUCAGUAUUGAUAUCCAAAUAUGGGUUGUCUGGGAUUUCCAUGGCUGAGAACUUAGAAGAGAAAAGGUUUUUCUUUUUGGGGUUUAAUUAAUAUAUAUUUUGCAAGAGAGAGAAGAGAUAUUGGAGUGUUAUAAUAAUAAUAAGGAAUAAGAAAGAGUGUCAUGGUUGUAAUAUUAUGAGUCCUGUUUGAUUAAUUAGUGGGGUUUUCUGUGCUAAUAUUGUAAAAGGGGGCUUUGUUUAAUUUAUUGAUGGCAAUUAUUGUAGCCAGUCAAUCAGUCUCUUUAACUAGCUAUAUUAUAGCUUCUUAAUAAUAAUAAUGAUGUUUAGUAA